CCCGCACAGCAUGGCGGAUUCGGAGCUGCGGUUGCGGCGGGUUCCGUGCCGCUUUGCGUUGUCGAAGGCCCGCAAAACCCGGCCCAAGCUCAUCCUCAGCCGCCGGGCCCGCCGCCGGCUCGGGACCCAGCGCCGAGGCGAGCGGCGACGCCUGCGGCGGCGGCGGCGGCUACUGCAGGCCCAGGCGGCGGGCGCGGACUAUCGGGAGGGCACCGGCCAGGGCUCGCGCGCGGAGGCGGCCCGAAAGCCCAAGGCUGCGGCCCCGUCUCCCGCCCGCAGCGUCCGCGCCGCCGUCCCCGUCCCACUCGUGCGCCAGGUGGGCCCGGGCCGCGCGUUGCUGCUGCUGCCGGCCGAGGAGGGUUUUACUUUUGGUGGUAUCUGUCGUGUGACUUGCCUGUAUGGCCAGGUGGAAGUGUUUGGUUAUACCAUUAGCCAAGGCCAGCCUGCCCAAGAUGUCUACUCUGCCUAUACCCACGCUUACCUGACUCUUAAUGCAGUUCCUUACUCUACAGCUGAGAAAAGUGAGAAAGAGAUCAGAAGGGAGGUCCGGGCUCUACUCAAAUCUCAUCUUAACCUGGAGGACAGAUCUUGGUCAAUAGAGAACUUUUCUCCUCUGUGUUCCAUUGUGAUGCUAGAACAGCUAAAAACCUCCACCAUAAACUUCAUAACCAGCUAUCCAGGUUUAUCUUAUGUUUUCGUGCAAGAGAGUCCUGUUUUCCAGAUUAAUCCUGAAUAUUUAGCUUUGAGGUCUGUUGGCAUCAGAAAACAGAAAAGGAAAAAAGGCCUUGCUUUAACUGAGAGUGCUCGUUCCGCACUGGAAGAGUUAGUUAGCGUGUCUUGUGAGGAAAUAGAUGGCUGCGCUGUCAUCCUGGUUUGUGGAACUCAGGACAUUGGAAAGUCAACAUUCAACAGAUACCUGAUUAACCAGUUGUUAAAUAGUAUUUCCUGUGUUGACUAUUUGGAAUGUGAUCUGGGACAGACAGAAUUCACUCCUCCUGGGUGCAUUUCUUUACUUAAUAUUACAGAACCAGUUCUGGGACCACCUUUCACCCACCAGAGGACGCCACAGAAGAUGGUGUAUUACGGAAAACCUUCCUGUAAAAACAACUAUGAGAAUUAUGUUGAGAUAAUAAAGUACGUGUUCAGCUCUUACAGGAGAGAGUCGCCACUUAUCAUCAAUACUAUGGGCUGGGUGUCAGAUGAAGGACUUCUGCUCCUCAUUGACCUCAUCCGGCUGCUGUCUCCCAGCCACGUCAUUCAGCUCAGUUCUCCCCAGAGUAAAUACAUGCCCAACCUCACCCCAGAGUACGUGGAUGACAUGGACGGCCUGUAUACGAAAAGCAAGUCCAAAAGCAGAAAUCGAUGUUUUGUGCUGCCAGAGUUUGCAGACAGCUUGGAAUUUGCAGAUGAAGAGAAAGACAGUCCAGUUCCCUUUACUGGACAUAAGCUGAUAUGUGUGCGUUCGGAGUUCCCAGUCACUAAAACUCCAAGAAAUAGGGAGUCACAUAACAGAAUUCUUAGAGAUCUGGCAGUCUUAGGUUACCUCGGCCAGCUGAUGCCUCCAGUGCCAAAACCACUAGGUCCUUUGCAUGGUCUGACACCCUAUCAGGUCCCUUUCAGUGCAGUUGCGCUACGGAUUACUCAUGCUGAUGUCGCCCCCACCCACAUACUGUAUGCUGUGAAUGCCAGCUGGAUUGGCCUUUGCAAGAUCCUGGAUGACGUCAGAGGAUACACCAGGGGGCCCAUCCUGCUGGCCCAGACACCGAUAUGUGACUGUUUGGGGUUUGGGAUCUGUCGAGGAAUUGACAUGGACAAGCGGCUGUACCACAUACUCACCCCCAUGCCCCCAGAAGAGCUAAGAACUGUCAAUUGUCUGCUUGUCGGGGCUGUUUCCAUUCCACAGUGCAUCUUCAAGAGCCAGCAUGGGCCUGAAGGUACGAUUCCCUACGUCACAACAGAUUACAAUUUUAAACUUCCUGGAGCAUCAGAGAAAAUUGGAGUAAGAAUAGCUAAAGAAGCUCCUGUAAAGAAGAUACACCCCAAACCCAAGCUCUAUCGGAAAGUAAAGUGAAUAUCAACAAGGCGAGAGACUUUCUUUUCUAGCUGAGGAUUUGGCUCAAGUGGUGGAUCACCGGCUUAGCAAGUACAACGCCCUGAGUUCAAAUCCCAGCACUGCAAAAAAAAAAAAAAAAGAGAGAGAGAGAGAGAAAAGAGACUUUCUUUUUCUACCUAAAAGCUUUGUCUCCUGGCCUGACCUCAGAAGACAUGGGGUUUUAUGGCUGUGGAUGGUGCUCUGAUGUAGUGUUUUUGUAUGAAUCAUGAAUGGGUUGUAUACUUAAUAGUUCUGAUCUUUGCUUGGUCUUCUGUAUGGUUCAUCAGACUUGCUAUACAGUGUCUUUUCUAAAGAAAUUUUAAGCCAUGGGGGAAAGUUUGUAUGCCAUUAAAAUGCAGCUGGUUCCUCAAAAAGUUCAAGGAUGAGGUUAUUGGAAUCAGGAUAAAAAUAGGGAAAUUGAGGCCACAAAGCUGCACCAAGAAUGGUGAAGGCAGGCCGACCCACAGACUGUCGAAUGUGAGGACGCAUGCAGACUGGGGCGGCAUGGUGCUGGGCUUGAAUGGCAAGGUUAUCUUAUGCUCUGUUCAUCUGAUGCCAUCUGGCCUCCCAAUCAUGUGAGUCAAGUGCUAGAAGAUUGCAUUUGGUCUUUAUAUCUGUGGAGGUUUAAUAGAUAAAAGUGUGGAGUCAAGAACUCAUUUAAUUCUUUUUUUUUUUAACCUGUGUUUUUAUGCUGAAGAAGCUGUUCUCAAAUUGGAGAGCCUCCCCAGGGCUCUUUAAAUCCAGAUUUGUCCUGAUUGGCUUCUGACCUGGCACCACAGGCGGUGCUAAAGUGGAAAACUGGCCAUUUGGAUCUCUGGUCAGCCAGCUCUGUGAACAGCCCAUUCACGCAAUGGGCCGCUGGACCUGAACUUGGUGCACAGUGUUAGGGCUUUCUCCUGAGGAACAGGAGGCUGCUGCCACUGCUGUUCUUCCUGAUGGUUGGAAGUGGCUUUUAGUAACCAGAGGUGACUGGCCUGGUCAUCAUUUCUGCAUUUGAGCAGUGAGACAUUUUAAACUGCAUUGUGACUGCUAUUGUUGGAAUUUCACCUUCCCAGCAUAAUUGUGUCAAAAGACUGUUCCUAGCCGAGCAUGGUGUCUCAUGGCUAUAAUCCCAGCUACUCAGGAGGCAGAGAUCAGGAGAAUUGAGUUUCAAGACCAACCCUGGGCAAAAACAGAAGACUCUACCUGAAAAAUAACUAAAGCAAGCCAGGCAUUGUGGCUCAUGCCUAUAGCUACUUGAGAUGCUGAGAUCACAAGGACUGCAGUUUGAGACCAGCCUGAGCAAAAUUCACAAGAUCCCUUCUUAACCAGUGACUUGAGUAUGGUGGUGUGCACCUGUUAUUCCAGUUAUGUGGGAUCCUGAGAUCGGUAGGAUCACAGUUCCAGGCCAGCCCAGACAGAAAAGUUCCGAAGACCCCAUCCCCAGAGAAAGAGCUGGACAUGAUGACAGGUGCCCAAUAUCCCAGCUACAAUAGGAAGUGUAAACAGAAUUGUGGUCCAUACCAGCCUGGGCAUAAAGUGAGACCCUGUCUUGUCAGAGCAAGAGCUGGGUGUGGCUCAAGGGAAAAGCCCCUGCCUAGCAAGUGCAAAGUGCUGAGUUCAGACUCCAGCACUGCCACAACCAAAACCUGUUCCUAGUCUGUGGAGUUUAACACUUAACGGUCAUUUAAACCAUUGGUUACACUGUCCUCAUGUUGGGUAUUUUUGUGAUAAGGUCUUGAGAACUAUGCUUGGCUGGCCUUGAACCAUGAUCCUCCUAAUCUCUGCUAGGAUCAUAGGUAUAAGCCACUGAUGUCUGUCUUUUGCAAAGAAUUUUAAGAUAGUCUGGCACUAUCAGUUUUUUGCCUCUUUCCCAGUUCCUUUGUGUCUUACCAAGAUAGGUUGGUACAUUGGUCUUUAGUACAAGUCUCUGGAAGAAUGGAAGUGGUGUCCUGUAAUUUGCACUUUCAUUAAAUCCAGGUUUGCCUUUAGCUUUUCAAUGUUGACCUUUGUCAGGCUUCAUCAGUAAAGGGGUGUCAUCGCCAGAGAGCGCCCUCAGUGUUGGUCAGGUAGCUGUGGGGCAGCAUUGGUGUAGUGACUAGACAGCCGGGCUUGGAGCUCGUGGAGACCUGGCUCUGCUUAGCUCCAGGGCUAGCCUGGUCAGACCAGCCACAGUACCAACUCCCUUAGGUGUCAGUGUGACUGUCAGUGUCAGUGGCCUGUCCCCCAAGAUUGGACUCUCUGUUGGGGUGUCUUGUUGUUGAGACAGGGUCUUGCUAUGUAACCCAUGGCCUCAAACACAUCGUCCUUCACAGGUGUGUGUCAUUUCUGUUUGGACCAUCUGUUGUGGUUGAGAGUGGACAGUGAGGACUUUUCUGUUGGAGUCUUUACCAAAACUUGUCAUUGUUUGAGUAUGUGACUCUGAAGUAGCACGUGCCUUUGUUAGGGGUAUUAUAGAAAUAGAGGGCAAAAAGUCAAAACCCUUACUUACCAGUUUUUGUGAUUGUUUGAAAUUAGUUUAUUUUUAAAGAUCCAUUCAGGUAUGAAGUUAAAUGAGAAGAUUCUGAUUCUAGGAGUUCUUUAAAUGAAAGCAUUUCAGAGGCCCCAUCUGUCCUAGGUUAGGCUUUCUUGGAAGCAAGAGAUCACUGUCUCCUCUGCCGCCAUCACUGGAAGUUGAAGACUGGAACGUGGAGAGAUCUACUGAGCAGGCAGCAGUGCCUUGGAUAGCUUAUGUGUUUUCCUUUGUCAGGCUCCAUCAGUAAAGAGGUGUCACUACUAGAGGGAGCCCUAGUUUGGUCAGGUGGCUGUGGGGCAGCAUUGGUGUAGUACCAUGGGAAGUGGUGUGGCAAAGCAAAGGAGGCCCCAGGCUGCAUCUCCCACUUGGACCCCUUUGACAAGCAUUUACUUUACCUGUUAGACACUCGGGGUUCUGCCUACCAGACAGGAUAUGAGGACCAAAUGAUGUGGGUUAGGAGUCCCUCUUGUUACAGCAGAUUUUUUUUUUUUCCCCCUACUGGGGUAUACGAAGCAAGUGCUCUGCUGGAGGUGUGCCAGGCAUCAUGUGGUGAUAUUCUUAAAUUGUCUAAUCAGCAGGUCUUGGGUUUUUUUUUUUUUUAGAUUUGGAUGGCAAUAUAGUGGUUAACUUUGAUGCUAGAGCUCUGAGUUUGAAUUCCAGCUUUGCCAUUACCAGUGUUUAACCCAAGUUUGUUUUCUUUGAGGAUAGGGCCAUUGUUCUUCCACCAUGCAGGUGAGGAGCAAGUGAGAGCAUGUCUAUAAAAGACCUGGUCCUAGCUCUUAGUGUGCUAUGGCCUGCUUAAUCAAAUGGUGAGCUCCUGAAAGGCAGCACCAGAACCGCGUUCCUGUAGAAGUGUGAUGCAGACAUUGAAGUGUCUGAAUCCAUGCCUGCUUCCCUGCUGUGUGCUGGAUCAGUUCACCUUGAGCUACUUGUGGCUCAGAGGGCUCUGGGGAAGCAGGUUCUGUGACCACCUUUGAUGAGCCAUUCCUGGAAGUUUUCACAAAGCCCCAAUUACUGCUUUUAAAUUUUUAUAGUUUGCACGUGUAGAAAAUGAUCCUUAAAUCUCACUUCAUAGAUGGUCGCUGAGCCCUGUGAGGCUGUCAUGUCUGUUGUUUUUCCUUAUAUGUACACAUGCCUAUGUGUGUGUUCUACCCAACCGUGUCCUGCUAUGUGUAUGGUUUUUAUUCAGCUCUUUCCAUUUAUAUGUGGACUUCUGUGUCAUUAAAGAUUUUUGAGAACCUGAAUUGUAUGGCUUUAGUGUGUAGCUAGAUCAUUUUAUUCCAGAGAAUUACUUGAACACUUAGGAGAAAACAUGCCAAAAAGCACUGGAAUGAAAAUUACACUGAAAGCAGGUUAAUGAGUUGGGGGUGCUGGAGGGUGAAAUGCUUAGGAAGGCCCAGCAAACGACUGUGUUUUGUUUCCGUAUCAGUACUGCUUGCAGGGGGAGUUUGUUUAAUCUUCCUGUCUGGGCCCUUGUGUAAUUUAAGAGACUGCUACAUCCCAUCUGGACUGCCUUUGAGAGGGUAGUUGGAAGAAAAAUGGGGAUUUGCACCAGAAGAGUUGAAAUGUUUUUGGAAAAGCAAACAACAAAAUCCAGAGCCUGGGGUCUGUGCUGGUAACAGCCUCAGCAAGUGAGAGCCCAGCUCAACGAUCUUCCUUCCUAAGUUGGGCCUGGCAGACAGAAUGAGGCUUGGCUGACAAACCCGGCCCUAACAGUGGCUAAAAUAAAUAAGGGGGCCAUCUGUGCAGAGGAGAGGAAAGCCCAUGUGACCUACAGGGCCUCUUCAGAAAGGCCUUACUAAGUUAAAUACUCCUAGGGUACUGCCAGGAAAAGAGUUGGGCUGGAGGGCAGGCAGGGUUGCAAGCUAAAAGGAGGUGCACCGAGGCAUGGGGCUGAGGGUCCAAACUGCAAAUGCCAGGAGCUGAGUAAGUGAAUCCUUGGAAAUCAGCAAACAGAGCUGAGCUGGGCAGAUGAGGGGCUGGGCUAGGGAAGCCCAGGGUUGCCAUGGUAACCAGCUCUGCUUCUGCUGUGGCACUCAGCAGACUGGCUUGACUUUUUCUAAUGCUUUGGAAUUUGCUUGGUCUCCCGGUUGUGUCUUUCUCUCCCUGGCAGGAGGAAGCCACCCAACUUUCAGGAGCUGCCUCCUCACCAGGAGCCCAGCAAAGAGGCUGCAGCUGGCCAGUGGGAUUACAGAAACCAAAGUCCCCCUGGCAUUGCUUUCGGGAAAGGAGGGAAAGGCACCUUGGAGUCAGCCGGCUGCAUGAAAACCCUAGUCCUUGGAGCAAAUGGGUACAUGGGACUGAAAAAUCCAAGGGGGAAAACCACCACAGGGAAACAGUGCUAGCUCUGUCCAUAGGUUAAAACAUACAGCUCCCUGGAGACCAUGGUUGGGGGACAGCACACUGGCAGGGACUGAGAGCACUGAGGUUUUCCGUGCAGAUUCAGCUGGAGCAACUGAGAUUGGAACUGAGGCUUGGAGAGGCCAGUCAGUGCUGGGCCUGCAACUGGCAGAGGGACAGAGACCACGUGUGAUUGGAGAGGCCUGUGAUGUGCACGUGGCUGGAGGGUUGGGCAAGGCACCACCACUCCAGAAGUCAGGCAUGAAUUCAGUCCUGACAAAAUUCGGGUCUCCACCUCAAAGCUGGCUCAAUCUUGGUUCAGGAACUGGUGAGUACGUUGCUUCUCUUUCGUCUAGAAAAAAGAAGGUGAAAAGGGGAGGCUUUGCAGGUGCAGGGGCCACCAAGACCCCGUGCUUGCUGAGUUAGUCUAUACCCCUUCAGAACUACUCUGCAGACUGAUAAUUUUGUCCUCAUUAAUUGGUGACUUAACGAGGUAAGGCUCAGAAGUCAAAGGCCUCGAGCCUAGAAGUUUCAGCCAUCAGCUCCUAUUUGGAAGGUAGACCAUGAAAGUUACCUAAGGUCUCCAGCUCGUUCUCUGCUGUGCUCACACAGGCUGAAAUAGGUUUCCAAAUGUACCUUCAUAGCUUGCUCAGAAGGGGCCACGAAACUCAAUUAUUUUUGUUUUGUGGUGCUGGUGAUGGAUCUCAGAGCCUCACACAUGCUAAGCAAACACUCUCACUGAG